AAACUUCAAAAUCGGGGAAGAAGCCUGAAAACCUAGAGAGAGAGAGAGAGAGAGAGAGAAGAGAGAGAGAGAGCAGGAAUCCCUCUGGAUCGUCGCUCAUCUCCGAUUUACGUCGGUGAAGCUACCAGGGGUGAGCACGAUUUGCAUUUGGUGAAGCUCGAGAUAGAGAGAGAGAGAGAGAGAGAGAGAGAGAGAGAGAGAGAGAGAGAGAGAGAGAGUUUCAAGAAUUUCAACAAGUCUGAUUUCAGACUCGAGCGAGUUCAGGAGGCUUCUUAAACCUGGAAUUCAAAUUCACUCUUCUUCAAUCGCACUCUCUCGCAGUCGCACGCCCUGUCUCUCCAUCUCCAGUCAUCAUAGACAUUUAGAGGCGAUGGCGGAGAAAGACAGCGACUUGCCAAGAGAUGCCAGGGUUGUGAAGUCACUGCUGAAAUCAAUGGGUGUUGAGGAGUAUGAACCUCGCGUUAUACACCAAUUCUUGGAGCUGUGGUACCGGUAUGUAGUUGACGUAUUAACAGAUGCACAGGUCUACUCCGAGCAUGCUGGCAAGGCUGCAAUUGAUUGCGAUGAUGUUAAGCUUGCAGUCCAGUCAAAAGUUAAUUUCACCUUUUCCCAGCCUCCUCCAAGAGAGGUCUUACUGGAAUUGGCUAGAAACAGGAACAAGAUUCCAUUACCAAAGACAAUAUCAGGUCCCGGUAUUCCACUUCCUCCAGAACAGGACACGCUGAUCAGCCCAAAUUACCAACUUGCAAUCCCGAGGAGGCAAUCUGCUCAGGCACUGGAAGAAGCAGAAGAAGAUGAAAGAAGCGAUGCCAAUCCAUCACAGGAGCAGAAAACAGAUGUGCCACAGAGUAUGCCGCAGAGAGUUUCAUUUCCCCUUUCCAAACAUCCCAAGUGAUGGAUCUGUAUUCGCAGGUAUGGUGUGACUAGGGAAAGAAUUGCAGAAAUUAUCAGUCUGUAUGCUGACAUGUGGUAGUUCAUACUGGAUCAUUUAAUGUAUAAGAAUAGUAUGCAGUUUGCUGGCUGUAUCGUGAUUUUCUCUUU